AUGAGCAAGUGUCAGGACCAGGCAGUGUGCAGCUUUGACAAGCUGGAGCAGAACGAGCCAAGCAGGUGUGGGUGUCUGCAGCAGCACACCUGGGUCAGCACGAGGACGGAGCUGGCAGCCACCCUGGCAGGUCACUUGAAAGCCCCUCAGCCCUUCCUUCCACCCGUGGGCCGUGGGGGCUGCCUCCCUGCCUGGACUGAGAGUGCCAUCGUCAAGGCAACUCUUUUGCAUCCACCUGUGUCCUCCUUGGGUCAUGGGUCACAGGGCCCAUUCCUGGGAGCAGGAACAAGCGUGUUACAGUCCUCACGUGAGGGUCAUUACCGUGGGGCCCCAGCAGCUGGGGGGAACGAACGCCGGGCAGGUGUGUUUCUGCCGGGCUACGUGGAAGCGGGGGUUGAUUACAGAGCUGAGGCCCAGAUUUGCCCAUUCUGGACAUUUCAUGUAAACAGAGUCAUAGAACAUGGCUUCUUUCACUUUACAGAAUGUUUUCAGGGCCUGAUUACAGGCGAUCGCAAAGGAUUUACCCGGCAGGCUCCGGGGGCUGCCCUCCCACCCCGCCCCUGGGGCACGGCCGUGCACCGCAGCCUCCGAGGGCAGGGUGAUGCCAGCUCUGCUAUCUGCAUUCAGACGUCUGCAUUCCCAGCCCUGCAGCCUUCAGUCCCAGAUCUCUGCGUCUGCAGCCUCGGGCAGGUGGCCCUGCUGCCUCCUGCACCACCCCCAGUCCGUGAAACUGCCAGGACCCCACAUCCGGCUGGUGCACCUGACCCUCGGCUGCUGCCCAGUCCCCGGGAAGCUGGAAGAGGUGGUCGUGCUUUCUCCAGUGUUAGCCUCUGGCUGUACCGUGGCGGAACUGCAGAUGUGCCGGCGGGGCAGGCGGCCUCCUGCAUGACUGCGUGCGCAGGAUCUGCUGGGCCCCAGCUCCCUGUGGGCACCAGAUAGACCUACCACUUUGCCACCAACACCAGCACCAGCCUGCAGGGGGCCCUGGUGGAGGGCAGUGGCCUCGGCCUCCAAGGCUUGGCUGUCCUUGAUGUGGUUGGCCCAUGCCAGAUGGUCUUAUGGCUCCAAGACUUCCAGGUGACAUCCAUCCUGGGGUCCCAGGUGGAGGUGCUGAAGGAGUCUGAGAGUUUGAGCGCCACCCUGGGCCACAACCCGCUUGGCUUUGUCCUGAGUGCUGGGCACAUGGCCCGCCUGUGUCCCCACCGUGCCGAGCCGCGCUGGGUGCUGAACGUGAAGUGUGCUGUGCUGAGCCUCCUGCAGGGCCACCCUGGUGUCCAUGACCCUGAGACCCUCGAUGAGGUGAACGUCCUGGGCCAGUGUCCCACCAUGUACCAGCUCCGCAGGGAGUGGCUGCACAAGACCAAGGACCUGGCACGGUGCUCCCUGCGCCAGGCGCGCUCCUCACUGCACUCCCAGGCCCUGCCCGGGGUGGCGCCCAGCCUGGCCUCCUGGCUGACCUGCCUGCAGCACUUCCCGGCCGGGGAGCAGGCCCGUGCUGCGCAGAUGUGGGCCUUUGCCUCGCUCGCCCUGCUGCACGAGACGCCCCGGGAUCCAGCCCGCACAGAUCCGGAUGGUGGCGACAACGGAGAUGUGACCCCAAGCAGCCUGCUGUAUGAGUGGGAGGAGAUGCCAUCCCAGGCCACGGUGGCCACAGCGGUGACAUUAGUGAGGAGGCUGUGUCUGGCUCAGACCACAAGCUCUGAGGCUAGGAACAGGGAAGUCGAGGCCACUCUGAAAGUGAACCGGAAAGUCGUGCUGCACUUAAAGGGCUUGCACCGUGACAGAUUGCAGCGCGGAGACAUCUGGCACAGCCUGGCCCUGGGCGUGGCCCAUUCCUACCAGCUGGGGUUCCCCCAGGCCCUGAGCUUGGAGGGGGGCAUCAUCUUUAAAUGGAGUCCCCAAGGAGCGUUCAACUUCAGCAUGGACGCACAAGCUGCCGUCAACCACAGCGUCUCAUCCCAGGUUUCAGCCCAGCUGAGCGGAUCCGGCUCCUACUUCGUGUUUUCCUUCCAGCUCAGACAUCCCCACGGACCAGCGUUUCCUCCCAACUUACAGGUGCAGGCGGCUGCCGGGCGCCACAAGGCGCGCAGCCUCAGCGGGUCCCUGUCUGUGCACGCGUCUGGCCGGGAGCCGGUUCUGCUGGAGGUCGACACCAGCCAGGACGCCCAGAGGAGCACCCGGGGCUGGCCCAUGAGUGUCCUCCUCCACCAGGCAGUCCUCAGGGCCCCCGCGGCUGUGCAGCUGCAGCUGUCUGGCAAUAUCACCCCAGCAAGGACCUGGCUGUUUUCCAAGGCACUGCUGGGCCAGAACUCAGCACAGCUUCGCCUCGAGGCUUCUGAGCAGUAGAGGGGAGGCCAGGUCCUGACCCUGUGGAGCUGAGCCCAGCACACGGUGGCUGGCUGGGCCGCGGCGCCCCACCUUCUGACCCUCAUGGCCCCUGGCCCACGUGCGCUCUCAUUCCAGAGGCAUCGGCCCUCCCAGCCAGACAAGAUCCUCGUGGAGGUCACACUGGAGCACGUCCCCACGGCCUCCUGCACCAGGCGGAGUUUUCGGGGGGAGGUGCAGACGGACUACGCUCUGUGGCCUGCCCAGGGUGAGUCUGCCCCUGGAGAGGGACAGCUGGAGGACCGGGGACCCUGCCACCCGUUCAUUCAGAAAACGCUGGUGCCAGGCCCACCCCAGGAAGCAGGGAGAGGGUGCGGGGCAGUGCAGGCGCCUCCCCGCUGGGUGCGAGCCCAGCAGCAGGAACAGCCGGUGCAAAGGCCCUGCGGCGGGACCGUGCUCAGGGAGUUUGAGGAACAGGGGGUGGCCCUUACGGAGCGAGCAAGCCCGGACCCUUUCGUCCAGGCUGUCUGGCUGUCCGGGGGCCACACCCUGGGCCGGGGUGGGCUCCUCCUCCACUCCCGCUGCCGGCUGGGCCUCGCCCCGGCCCCAGACCGCGGCCUGACCCUCCGAAACCACAGCAGGCCCCGUUCGCCUGACUCCUCCGGGGAGCUGGAGCUCCACGGUCCCCAAGCUCAGCGCGUUGGCCUGCGGGGCCGCGUCUCUACCUCAGCUUCUCAAAGCCUGGUCCGGCUGGAGGGGAACGUGGACAACAUGGAUAACAAAGCGCAGCUGUCUCUCUCCCGGGUCCCAAGCUGUCUCCAGGACUCUGUGGCCCACGAGGAAGGGAUCAGAGAAGAGAGUGUGAGGCUGAGGGCAUGUGCCCAGAGGCAGACAGCCGAGGUGGAGGUCCUGUUCCAGGACCACCGGCAGUUUGUCCAGCCCCUGGGACGCCUGACCCUGCAGGCUGCCAACCCGAGCCUCUUUCUGGCCGCACACGGCUGCCAGGUGACCCUGCUGGGCCGUGUGGAGUCCAGGAUUGCAGCAAUUGGGUCCCAGGUACAAGCCCAGCUGGAGGAGAAGAUUCUAGGUGUGGACGCCUAUGUGAGACGGUUCCGGCACUGGGUGCAGCCGGCAGGCACCCUGGACGGCGUGGCGGGCCUCCUCCUGCAGCUGUCCCAGGCGGGACGGGGGACCGUGCAGGCGAGCAGCCACGUGGCGGCCACCCUGUGGGGCCGGAGCCUGGCCUGGCAGGUGCUGACCCACCACCUGCCCCUCUACCUGGCGCGGUUGCAGGGGGGGCUGGAGCAGCUGCGGAACGAGCUGGACCGUGAGUGGACCCUGGCCACGCUGAAGGACGCCUACUUGGAGGUGACGCUGUGGCCCCUGGACGAGGCUGCCCACGCCGUGCUGUCUCGGGCCGAAGCCACGUUGUCGCGGGCACUGCGGAGGCGCUGCAAACCCCUGCUGGACCUGUACAGCCUCUCGGCCAGGAACUGCUCCGUGGUGGUGACGUUGCCGUUGCUGCCUGCGGGGGACGAGCCCCUGGGCCUGGCUCAGGUGACCAGCUACCUGGUGGAGGAGAAGCUGCUGCGGCCGCUCUGAGAGCUGUCCCGGGCCCACCUGCCGGCCGCGUACUACCGGCUCAGACGCCACCUGCUGGACAGCCCCUUGGAGUACCACGCGGUGGUGGCUGGAGCCGAGCACGUGGUGACCUUCGACGGCCAGGUGUGGGGCCUCGGUGCCCAGUGCGGCAGCCUCCUGCUGGCCAAGGACUUCACUCACAACACGUUCUCGCUGACGCUGAGCCGGGUGGGCUCAGGGCUCGGGGCCCGGACUGUGGAGCUGGACGGUGUGACCCUCAUCCUCUACCCCAGCCUGAAGACCUACAGGCUGUACAACUCCUCCCUGCCUGCGGACAGCUGCCCGGACCUCAGUCUGCCUCCUGCCAAGACUAGGAAGGCGGCCAGGAUCGAGCUGGCCAGUAACGACGGGGUCUCCGUCUCCUGUGACAUGCGGGCCGGCCUCUGCAGCCUGACCCUGGGCCUCUGGCACCACGGUGCAUCCACCGGGCUCCUGGGCACCAAUGACAACGAAGCAGGCAAUGAGCUCAUGCUGCCGGAUGGCUCUGUGGCCGGCAGCCUGGAGGAGCUCAGCCGGGCCUGGCAGCUCGGUGGUGACUGCAAGGCCACGGAGAAGACUCCACAGCACGUAUGCCCAGAACAGAGCCCCGCCUGCUUGGCCUUCCAGGACCCCCGCUCCACCCUGGGAAACUGCUUCUGGGUGGUGGACCCGAAGCCCUUCCUCAGCCUGUGCGUCCAGGACAGCUGUGGCCCCCGGGCGCUCCGGCCUGCCUGCAACCUGGCGACUGCCUGCACCCACCUGUGCGCCCGGGCCUCCGUGCCCCUGGACCCGCCUCCACAGUGCGAGGGCGCGGGGGGCCCACCGGGCUCUGUGACCCCUAAGCUGGAGGGGUCCAUGCCUCAGCAUCCAGGGGUUCGAGAUUUUGCCUGA